AUGGCGAGCAAAGGAGUAGCGGCCACGGCCAAAGGCGUCACGGCCUCCGUCAAGGAUGCCUUCGCUCAGGCUAAGGCCAAGACCGUCGGCACGACCACGGACACCACCGUCACCAAGUCUGCGCCCCCCAAGUCUGCACCGCCGAAGGUCGAGUCCGUCGAGGAUGAUUACCCUAAGGACGGUACUGGCGUCAUAAGACUGGACCCAUGGCUCGAGCCGUUCCAGGAUGCCCUGCGCACGCGCUAUUCCAAAGCUCAGUCGUGGAUCAAGUCUCUGAGUGAGACCGAAGGUGGACUUGCUGAGUUCUCCAAGGGUUACGAGAAGUUCGGUAUCACCGUUGCGCCGAACAAUGACAUUACAUACCGGGAGUGGGCGCCGAAUGCGGUUGCCGCCCACUUCUUCGGAGAUUUCAACAACUGGGACCGUUCGUCCCACCCCAUGAAGAAGAACGACUAUGGUGUGUGGGAGAUCACUCUCCCCGCAGUGAAGGGAAAGACGGCGAUUGAGCAUGGAUCGAAAGUGAAGAUCACGAUGGAGACCCCCAACAUGGGACACAUCGACCGGUUGCCCGCCUGGAUCCAGUACGUCACGCAAGAUUUGGCCGUCAGCCCGGUAUACGACGCACGUUUCUGGAACCCCAAGAAAUACGUCUUUAAGAACCCCCGUCCCCCGAAGCCCAAGAGCGCCCGCGUCUACGAGGCCCACAUCGGUAUCAGCACGUCCGAGUAUAAGGUCGGCACAUACAACGAGUUCACCUCGAACAUCCUGCCCAGGAUCAAGAAGCUCGGAUACAACAUCAUCCAGCUUAUGGCCGUCCAGGAGCAUGCGUACUACGCUUCUUUCGGUUACCAGGUCACUUCGUUCUUCGCCGCUUCCAGCAGAUAUGGAACUCCCGAGGAGCUGAAGGUGCUGAUCGACACCGCACACGGAAUGGGCAUCACUGUCCUGCUCGAUAUCGUCCACUCGCACGCCUGCAAGAACGUGUUGGACGGAUUGAACGAGUUUGACGGCAGCGACCAUCUCUACUUUCACGAGGGUGGAAAGGGCCGCCACGAGCUGUGGGACUCGAGGCUGUUCAACUACGGCCAUCACGAGGUCUUGCGAUUCCUGUUGUCGAACCUGCGGUUCUACAUCGAGGAGUUCAACUUCGAUGGUUUCCGUUUCGACGGUGUCACCAGUAUUCUUUACACCCACCACGGUAUCGGAACAGGAUUUUCCGGUGGUUACCACGAGUACUUCGGUCCCAAUGUCGAUGAUGAGGGUAUUGUCUAUCUCAUGCUGGCCAAUGAGAUGCUCCACGACAUCUACCCCGACUGUAUCACAAUUGCGGAGGAUGUGUCUGGCAUGCCUGCACUCUGCCUCAAACUUGCUCUCGGUGGUGUCGGAUUCGAUUACCGUCUGGCGAUGGCUAUCCCCGACAUGUGGAUCAAGCUUCUGAAGGAGAAGAAGGAUGAGGACUGGGAUAUUUCCAACAUCUGCUGGACACUGACCAACCGCCGUCACGGCGAGAAGACCAUCGCUUACGCCGAGUCUCACGAUCAAGCGCUCGUGGGUGACAAAACCAUCCUCUUCUGGCUGUGUGACAAGGAGCUGUACACCAACAUGUCCACGCUCACCGAGUGCACUCCGAUCAUCGACCGUGGAAUGUCUCUCCACAAGAUGAUCCGUCUGUUGACCCACUCGCUGGGUGGAGAGGGAUACCUUAACUUCGAAGGAAACGAGUUCGGUCACCCCGAAUGGCUCGACUUCCCUCGUGCUGGAAACAACAACUCUUUCCACUACGCCAGGCGGCAGUUCAACCUCAUCGACGACGAUCUCCUGCGUUACAAGAUGCUGAACGAGUUCGAUGCCGCUAUGCAGCAUCUCGACGAGCAGUACGAGUGGCUCGGCGCCCCGCAGGCAUACAUCAGCUUGAAACACGAGGGCGACAAAGUUAUCGUCUUUGAGCGGGCUGGCUUGCUCUUCGUCUUCAACUUCCACGCUACCAACAGCUUCACCGAUUACCGAGUUGGCAUUGAUCGCGCGGGCAAGUACAAGAUUGUCCUGAACUCUGACAGGAAGGAGUACGGUGGAUGGGGCCGAAUUGACGAGAGCGUCCGCUUCUUCACAACGGACAUGCCAUGGAACGGUCGGUCGAACUUCACACAGAUCUACCCACGUUACAUGGCCACCGAGGCGGCAAAGACGGGAAAGAUCUAUCAGGUUAUCGGUGCCGUCGUUGACGUGGUAUGUUCCGGGGAAAAUUCUGAUUUGAAGAUGCCGGCCUCGACGACGCCGAAAUUCGAUACCGAGCAACUGCCCGCUAUUCUCAACGCCCUGACCACCGACAAGAACGGCCAGAAGCUUGUCUUGGAGGUUUCCCAGCAUCUUGGAGAGAACAUUGUCCGAUGCAUUGCCAUGGACGGUACCGAGGGUCUGUCCCGUGGCAGCGCGGUCACCGAUACCGGCAACCCCAUCAUGAUUCCCGUCGGUCCCGGUACCCUCGGUCGUAUCAUGAACGUCACUGGUGACCCCAUUGACGAGCGUGGUCCUAUCAAGGGAACCAAGCUGGCUCCCAUCCACACCGACGCUCCCGAGUUCGUUGACCAGUCCACCUCGGCCGAGGUCCUGGUUACCGGUAUCAAGGUCGUCGACUUGCUUGCCCCCUACGCUCGUGGAGGAAAGAUCGGUCUCUUCGGAGGUGCCGGUGUCGGAAAGACUGUGUUUAUCCAGGAGUUGAUUAACAACAUUGCCAAGGCCCACGGAGGUUACUCCGUCUUCACUGGUGUCGGUGAGCGUACCCGUGAGGGUAACGACUUGUACCACGAGAUGCAGGAGACUGGUGUCAUUCAGCUCGAUGGUGACUCUAAGGUCGCUCUGGUCUUCGGACAGAUGAACGAGCCCCCUGGAGCCCGUGCCCGUGUUGCCCUUACUGGUCUGACCGUCGCCGAGUACUUCCGUGACGAGGAGGGACAGGAUGUGUUGCUCUUCAUUGACAACAUUUUCCGUUUCACCCAGGCCGGAUCCGAGGUGUCUGCGUUGCUCGGACGUAUUCCCUCUGCCGUCGGUUACCAGCCCACCCUGGCCGUGGACAUGGGACAGAUGCAGGAGCGUAUCACCACCACCAAGAAGGGAUCCAUCACCUCCGUCCAGGCCGUCUACGUGCCUGCUGACGAUUUGACUGAUCCUGCGCCCGCUACCACCUUCGCCCAUUUGGACGCUACCACUGUGUUGUCUCGUGGUAUCUCCGAGCUGGGUAUCUACCCCGCUGUCGACCCUCUCGACUCCAAGUCCCGCAUGUUGGACCCCCGUGUCGUCGGUGACGACCACUACCGCACCGCCACCCGUGUCCAGCAGAUCCUCCAGGAGUACAAGUCGCUCCAGGAUAUCAUUGCCAUUCUUGGUAUGGACGAGCUGAGCGCCGAGGACAAGUUGACCGUCGAGCGUGCCCGUCGUAUCCAGCGUUUCCUGUCGCAGCCCUUCGCCGUCGCUGAGGUCUUCACCGGUAUCAAGGGACAGCUUGUGCCCCUCAAGGAGACUCUCCGCUCGUUCCAGGAGGUUCUCGACGGUAAGCACGAUGACCUGCCCGAGUCCGCCUUCUACAUGGUUGGAGGCAUCGAGUCUGCGCGCGCCAAGGGAGAGAAGAUUCUUGCCGAGUUGGCCGACAAAUAGGCAGCUGGUGUAAUUGAGAGGGGGGUCGGUAAAAUGUACUCUUAGUUGUCGUCUAGAAUUUUUUCAAGCCUGUUUGCCAAAAAUGUUCAGUGAAUAUAGGGUGCGGACGUUGUGACACUUGGGUGACUUGUUGAAUGGAGUACAUAAGAGAAGUGAAUAGUUUGGCAGGGCAGGGCAGGGC